GUUUUUGUUUUCAUGUGUAUUACUUCGGUUGCAGACGCAGUCGGUGUUUGAACCAAUUUAGACGUAGCGAGAUGAAAAUUGAAAACAAUCAAUGAAAGUGCAAAAAAAUAACAAAAGUAUUAAGUGCUUUUGGAAAAUGAAUUAAAAAUUGAAAAGUUUCUGUUGAAGAAAUACAAAUUUAUAUGAAUAGAAAGGCUUACAUUCAUUCAAAUAAUCGACUUUUUAUUUGACUUGCUCUAAGCUCACGCGAUAUUUAGAAAUAUUUCUUUUAUAUCUGUUGUUAUUGAGUUUACCUUGACAACGCGACGCGUAGUGAUAAGCAGCGAAUUUGUUUACCCAAGAAAAUACCGCAAGUCAAACAUGAUAGAUAAUAAUGUCUUUAAAAGAGGCACAACAACCGAUAGCUCAGAAGACACGGAGGACAGCAAUAAUGAAACAGCACAGUGUAAUGAAAUACCCCUACCCCGACUUCAUAAUGAAAUUCUGAUAAACAUCUUUUCCUAUUUGCCAUAUACCGACCUGACGCAGGCGCGCUUAGUUUGUCGACUUUGGAUGGAAGCUGUCGCCUACACGAGAUUUUCAAAUAAAUUCUGUUUAAGAAUCAAGGACGAUAAUGUGCUGGAUAUUAGGCGGCAAUUAAAAGACGAAAAAGAAACUUUCGCAAGUGGCAUGAUAUAUAAUCAUAUGAUAUAUAUGGGUACUGAUGACGAACAGCGUGAGGAAUUGAUAUUUAUAUUGCAGAAAAUUGGUAGACACGUGCGUAGCUUAAAACUGAAAAAUCUGUGUGGACUUGAUGACCUGUAUGAGUGCUUUCCCAAACUGGAACGAUUAACAAUAGAGGAUUUAUUUGUAUUUUCCACACAUUUUCCAUUCGAAUUGAACGCGUUCGGCAGCUUAAAAAGCAUACACUUUGUGGACGAUUCGGUGAGACAAAACUCAUCGGAAGCUCUACUCGCCACUUGUUUGCGAGCAAAAACUACAGUUAAGAUCGAGGAGUUGAGCAUACGCGUCUAUGCUGAACACGCGGAACUCUUUCUGUCUGUCUUACAGAAUCAUGCGGACACUUUGAAGAGUCUACAUGUGGUUUAUUUCGAAUCAGUAAACGAACCAAAUUUGCUAGUACAAAAAUGGAUGACAACUUUCUGUCGACUUAAGAAGUUAGAGAAAAUUAAAAUUUACGCCUCUAAUACGCAGAUUUUUGAGGGUACACUGAAGUGUUUGGAAGGAUUGCCUUUGCGUUAUCUGGAAGUGGAUUGCUUGAGGCCGGUAAAUCCAAAUAUUUUCAAAUUGCUGGAAUUGUGUUCCAAGAGACUCGAGCACCUCGCAUUUUUCAACUUCUAUUUGCCUAAAACCAUAGCUGGCAUGCAUAUAAUAAGCAAUUGUUGCCAGUACUUGAAAAAGCUCAUACUGAGUUACACGCGCCUAGUCGAGGAGGAUGAGCUCUGCAAUAUAGCAAGUAAUCUAGUAAAUUUGGAGGUUUUAGUCCUGCAAUACUGUAAAAAUGCUGUGACGAAUCGUGCGUUAGCGGCCAUUUUCAAACAUCUAACACGUUUGCGUGAAUUAGAUUUGAGUGGCAACAAUGAUUUCGAUGUUAAUGCUUUAAGAGGCAGCGCCGUUAAUCCGUUUCCGAUUCAACGUCUGCAAAGAUUGGAGAAACUGAAUUUAAAAUCAUGCCAACAACUAUCGAAUGACGAGUUUUUAGCAACGCUGAAGUUCCCAUUUCUGCGUAGUUUAAGUUUUGGCCGUGGCAUAUAUACAGACAGUGGUAUUCAGACUUUGGUGACACAGUGUCCACUUUUGGAGGAACUAAUCAUUACCUAUUGCCCGACUUUGGGUCGUAGUGCUCUGUUUUGUAUAGCGAAAGCAUUGCCACGCCUACGCGUGCUGCAUCUCCUGCAUUGCGCCCAAGUGGACAAGUCUGUGCGCCUGAUCCUCUAUGGUGAGUGCCCCCUUUUGACGGAUUUAGAAAUCUCCGAAAAGCGUUCAAAAAUGCAGACAUAUUUUCAUCAGUAGUGUGGAUUGUUUAAAAGAAGACGAUACCAGUGAUGCUUAUUUUAAGUUUUGUUUAUAUAAGUCCUUAUUUUUAGCUUAGAUAAGUUUUUCUAUUUUAGUUUCCUGAGGGCUGCAAUAUUAAUGUGUAAAAUAUCGUAAAUGAAAAAGAAGUAAUUCAGUACUUAUCAGUAAACAUAUGUAUGUUAGAUUUUGAAUACUAAUUUUCGUAUAAAAAUCUAUGUAAUCACAAUGUGUGUGUAUACACAUGUAUAUAUGUAUGUGCAUGUGUGUAUAUUUAUAAAAUAUAUGUGUUCAGAUUCAAUAAAAGUCAAAUGUUUACGUGAUUAAAGCCUUGGCAAAAAAUUUUACAUGUAAAUAUUAGUAAUGCAUUUAUUCUCAACACUGUACAGAUAGAAUAAAGUUUUAAUAAAUGUAAAACGAAACCAAUAAAUUUUAAAAUGAAUUAAUUAAUUAAUAAAAUAAACUAACUACUAAACUAAA